GUGAGUUAGACUUCCAUUCUCCAUGAGCAGGGUGAGAAUUUGCUACCAACUUCGACAAGAGGAAAAUGACUGCAAGAGACAAGCGCUGGAGUUGAGGAAUUGAGCUCAACUGAGACUUUGGGAGCACGCUUUGCUUUCCUAGCCUCUUACCCGGUAAGUAAAAACAGGCUGAUCAUAGGGGCACGUGGGCAGCACGAGGCCAGGCCUGUAUGUCGCUCGGUAUGUUACCGAGGCUAAGCCUGGAGAACUCAGCUCCGUUUCAACGGAAAAAAUUAACUCACCAGCCAGCAAGCAUUCCAGCCAGGUAGCUGCGCCAGCCAAACAUGCCAACCGGAAGCGCCUUCUCACGUAUUCUCGCGUGCCGCGGGGCGGGGCCCGGAAGUCGUCUGCAAACGCUGCGGCACAGGUUGCUCCCGAGUGUGUGGUCUUAAGGCGUACUGGCAGGACGGAGACCUCAUUCGGAAACCGCUGCCAGUUUACCGGAUAGGUAUUUUACGAAGAGCGAGUGAAGGAUGCCGCCACAAUGGCUAUCGUCCGGGUAAAUUCACCGCGCGGCUCAGAAGCAGGUUUUGUGACGGCCAGUGGGAUCCGCAGGCUGCAAGGAUUCUGGGACUGUAGUUCUGGCGCCUUGCUGCUGCCGACGUUUUGAUGGAGCAAGUGAGGUCCUCACGGAUCUUUGAACUGGAAUGUCUUUUCCCGCAAGGAGGAUCAGGAAAGAUCGGGCCCAGCGUCAUGCCCCGAGGUGGAGCUCGGCUGGCAGGAGAGUCGGGGGGCUGCGCCCUCGCGGUUCAGUGCCUGAGGGUUCCGGAUGUUCCAUUUUUGGAGAAGGGGGCGCCGGUCAAGACGCGCGUUUGGGGCGAGGAGCUUGGGGACACAGGUCCUGGAUGCAUGGAGACAAGAGAGGCUUUCAUAACUGAGGUUUGAAGAAGUCAGCCCAGGCAGCAGAAAUCCACCUUGAGAUGAAGUAACUUCCAGCUGGCCCUGUGGCAGAGUGUCAAGGCAGUCACUGGACUGACUCUGAGGCCAUUAGGUUGCCUGAUCCUUCUGUCCAAGGAGCAAGGACUGGGAGAAGAAUUUGGCUUCAAAGAACAGGAAAGAGAUGGAGACCAUGAAGAAAUUGACUCAAAAACAUAAGGCAAAAGGUUUGUCUUCUAAGGAUACUGACUGGACCCAAGAGAAGAAGAGCAAGCCCAGAGUACUGGGGCCAGUUACAUUUGAGGAUGUCACCACGGUCUUCACAGAGGCAGAAUGGAAGAGAUUGAGCUUUGAACAGAAGAACCUGUACAGAGAAGUGAUGCUGGAGAUUUACAGGAAUCUCCUCUUACUGGGGUCGCUGUGAGUCUGAUUCGACGCGAAGGCAGUGGGAUUUUCCGGUUUUCCAUGUGCCAAAGGUUCUUGGGUGGUGCAAACAGCUUGCGCUCAACUGUUAACUUAAAGGUUGGUGGUUCGAACCCACGCAACGGCACCACAGAAGAAAGGCUUGGCAAUCUGCCUCUGUAAAGAUUACAACCAAUAAAACCCUGUGGACCAAAUAAAAUAAAUAAACAAAAAAUAAACCAUAUGGGACAGCUCUACUCCGUAACACAAGUGCUGGCUGUGAGUUGGAAUUGACUCUACGGCAACAGCGGAACUGAGGCCAGAAAUCCACUACUGCUCCUCCUGUUUUCCUACUUUCUCCUGUCAGCAGUUCCUCAGCCAACAUGUGCGUCAGACCUUCACAGGCUUAUGUGCAGAAAAU